CACCAUCCGUUCAAUGCAGGAGCAGGGCUCAGUCACAACCACGACCCGAACCUCCACUUGCUUUCAAAAUUGAUCUUACCUCAAUGGUGACAGACCUCAAGGCCUUCUUUGACUCUGAGAUGACAGUUCUGGGGGAAGACUUGGGUUCGCUGACAGGAUGGAUACGGGCUACAGAGGAAGAUAUCCAUGACAUACAAAUCAAACAAGAUUCAACAGCAGCACAAUUACUAGAA